GGACAUUUGACUACGUUGUAUCGUCUAGAAAGCUUUGUUCGCAAGAGGAACACUUCUCAUUUUGAUAUUUUUCCCACAGAAACAAGAACCAUGAGUAGAAAUGGUGAUCAAGAACGUAAUCAGGUCUUUACAGACGCUGAAAAUUAUAUCAAACAAGCAAGUGAUAUGUUACAACGAGAAGCAGCAAGACUUCGCCAAGAGCAGGAAACAAUCGACGCCAUGUCGAAGAAGUUGGAACAUGUUCACUUUUCUUCUACCAUACAACUAAAUGUUGGCGGUCAUCGCUUUACAACAAGUCUUCAAACGCUUACCAAGGAUCCAAAUUCGAUGCUGGCUGCAAUGUUUUCAGGGAAGUUUGAGAUGAAACCUUCUGAAGACGGCGCUUUCUUUAUCGACCGAGAUGGAACACACUUCCGGUUUGUACUCAAUUAUCUUCGCUCUGGGAAACUAACUUUACCAAAAGGAGCAACAUUUCUAGACGAACUUGCGGAGGAAGCUGCGUUCUACCAGAUCCAAGGUAUACUGGACGAGUUGGUGUCUAAAGCACCGCAAAAUUUCGAAGAAUCAGUCAUUCUGACGACUGAAGAACAUCGCAGCGUGCUCAGCGGUUGGUUGCCUCAACAAGACGGCAAAUGGCAGCUUCUGAUGCGAGCUUCUCAAGAUGGCUUUCAAGCUCAAACCUUCCAUUUCAAAUGUGACAACAAAGGGCCCACUGUCACCAUUGUGAAGAGUGGAAACAAUAUUUUCGGUGGAUUCACUGAAAAAUCGUGGAGCAGUAAGUGCAUUAAUUUGUUGUGACAGGGUUAAUUUAAGGUAUUUUUGGUCGCAUUUAGCGGGGUUGAAUAUAAAUUUUAAUUUAAAGGAUACAACAAAAUCCGUAAAAUAACGGGAAAGUGGAAAGAGACAACAAGAAGUGAAAAGGAAAAUACAAAGCUGGCUUAAGAUCUUUGCAGAAGAUUUAAAGUUGAGGAAAUCAUAAUGAAAUAUUAAUAGACUUUCAAACGUUUUUAAAUAUUGACAGUCAAGCAUUACAAAUGAUAAACAUGAAUAAACAUAAAUAAUAAUUCGUUAAAGACGAUUUUAAACGAUGGGCUUUGUCUACUUAAGGUUAACACGUUGUUUCUAUGUUUUAGCUUAAGUCAUAGAAAACAAGUUACAACAAUUUAGUUUUAAAAAGAAGAGGUGUCUCUUUAACGAAAGAGGCUAGACGUUGUUAGCAAAAGUAUAAGGGCCGCUAAAGCCCCUCUCCCCAGGUCCCUGUCCUAGAUUGGACUCUUUCAAAAGCACAUCGGUUUCAAUAUCUAAAAAAAUCCAACCACAUAAUUUCCUUGGAGGAAUAAUGUUAAAAGGGUCAUGUUACCCAGUGAGACUGGCGCAUUAACACAGCUGGGAUAUCUAAUUGCCCAGUGUCAUGAAUUCGAAUUUACUGCUUGUAUAGUAUGAUACAUUGUCUAAGAUCGUCUAAACAUUCUCUAUUUUCUAAUCGACGACAAAAAGAUUAAAAACCAAUAGCAAGGAAAACUAAUACCCCAUCCACACCAGAGCUUAAACAUGUUUUAAAGGAGGUUUGUACAACAAGGUUUAAAAUUGUUUUCCUUCAUAGAAGCUUCUUUAACCGAUGUUUGUCGGCCUUAAACUUGGCACAUUGUAGAUGUGUAGAGGGGAUGGGAGAGGGAGGAGGGCAGUAAUCGAGAUCAUCGCCGUUUUUUUCGGAUAUGAUGUAAAGCUGCUUUAGAAAUAUAAGAGUUGAACAUUAUUCCAAAAUUUGCAUCAAUAUUAGUUUUGGUUUUUCUUUCUGAAACAGGUCAGGGUAGCUACGCGCGCUCCUCACAGUCACUCUUAUUCAGCAUGGUGAAUCCGCAAGGAAAGGCACCGAUUAAAAUGUCACUACCGACAGCUCAGCAGCAGAAUGCCAUUUACGGUAAGAGCGUCUAUGGACCAACAUUUGGAGGAGGGUUUGAUUUUUAUAUAUCAAAUAACGCUAACACAAGUGGUGCAAGUUACAGCAAUCUCGCAUUGCAUUGUUUUAGAAUAGUAUUGGGUCAUACGGAAAGCUUUCCAGUUGUUUGGCUGUUUGUUUGCGACAAGCAUUGAAACGAAAUCUGUUCAACACUUUUAUUUAUAGUGGAUACCGGGAGCCAUUCUAUACAAUUCCAUAGCUGGAGAAUCAAUCUGUCGAAAAGCUGUAAACGGUCCAAUUAUUUACAAAUUUUUUUCAUUUUAGCACUCGUUUCACCGGUAGAAAAGUGCCGGAUGAAACAAAACAAACAAAAAAUAGGAUUUGCUAGGCCGUUCUAUAUGUGGAACGUAAUUAAUAUACUGGCGACUUGUCGGUGGUGUAUUCAUGUGAAUUGUCAGAAUUUGAAUUAUGAUUCUUGCUGAAAGAAUAAAAUUUUUAAUUCAUUAACUUAACUCAUCAGACGAAUGCUGCUCAUCGGACGAAUGCUGCCUACACUGAUCGCAUGAUUGUGAUUCAAAUGGCAGACAUGAGAUAUAAUUGGUGAUACUAACCUAUAGUAUCACUGUUUGACGUCUCGAUGUUUUCUCCAACAUAAUAAUCUAGAAAAUAGAAUAAUGAAAACAUUCUUGCGUUCAUAGUUUUCAUGCAGAUAAGUAGUGACGGGCGCAGUUCUUUAAUAAAUAACAUCUAGAAAUCACUUCAAAUAAUUCAACUAAGGCAUGUUCUGAAAGUUUUCUUUCACUGAGCUCUUCGCACUUAUAAAUCUUGAGAUGAGAACGCUGGCUGAAAAAGUGUUUUUGAAUACACUUAAAUGUUUUAAAUGUGUCAUGUUAUCGCAAGUCACGCAUCACUUGUAUUGUUGUCAAACGACCACGCAUUUAUACCUGGUUUGAACCCGACUUGCUACUUUGAGACAGCAUUUCAACAUUUGUUGGUUCUCAGAAAAAAGGCGGGGUGAGAAAAAUUCCUAUGGAAAAUAAUUCAACAGGCAAUCAAGUUCUUGAAGACACUGAUAAUCAAAUCAGAGAAACCUGCAAGGUAUUACAACGACAAGCAACAAGUAUUCGCCAUGAGCAGAAUUCGAAAGCUAUCGACGCCAUGUCGAAAAAAGUAGAGCACUUUCAUCUCUCGUUGAUUGUAAACCUUAAUGUUGGCGGCCGCCGUUUUACGACAAGUCUUCAAACGCUGACUAAAGAUCCAGACUCGAUGUUAGCUUCGAUGUUCUCCGGGAAGUUGGAGGUGACACCAUUAGAAGAUGGAGCUUUCUUUACUGCUUGUGUAGUAUCAUGCACUGUCUAAGAUCGUCUGAACAAUUUCUUAUUUCUGAACGACGACAACGUCGUAGGCGUGUAGAAGGGAUGGGAGAGGGAGGAAGGCAGUAGUUGGGAUCAUCGCCGUUUUUCUCGGAUAUGAUGUAAAGCUGGUUUAGAAAUAUAACAGUUGAAUAUUAUUCCAAAAUUUGCAUCAAUAUUAGUUUUGGUUUUUCUUUUCUGAAACAGGUCAGGGUAGCUACGUGCACUGCUCACAGUCAUUCCUAUUCAGCAUGAUGAAUCCGAAAGGAGUGGCUCCGAGUAAAAUGUCUCUUGUAAAAGAUCAGCAGAGAGCCAUUUUCUGUGAUAGCAACAGUGGACCAACAUUUGGAGGAGGGUGGGACUUACAUAUAUCAAAUAACGCAAACACAAGUGGUUCAAGUUCCAGUAAUCUCGGCCACUCGUAUCAGCUUCCCACCGGACAGCACUGCACAUUCUUCACGGGAGCUCAAUAUUUUAAUGUGACGGACUACGAAGUCUUUGGAAUCUAUUAAUGACAGCCGUCACAUUUCAGAAACCAACAGGUUAAACUUCACAAUGAUUUGAACGAUCUUCUUGGUUAUAACUUUUUUUAAAAGGUGAACUUUUAUUUUCGUUUUCUACAUCAAAAAGCAUUACUUUCUUCUGUCCACAACAAAAGCAAAGGACAAGAUUCCCCGAUGUAGAAAAUCAUACUACAGUUGAUCUUUUUUUCAGAGGGCACGGUAACGAAUCCUGAAAUCUGAUUGGUUCUUUACGCGGUCCGUAUUUUCCUCUCUCUGCCCACGAACAACGGUAAAGCUUUCGUGAGUCGGCGGGUACAUCCCUACCUUGUCAUAUUUCAUAAAUAUAUCUCGUUUUUCCCACCAGGCAGUAUUUUUAAGCAAAGACGUCGGUCACUACCUCAAGCCGAUAGAUAACUUAAUAAUCCUCUCUUUUCUCUCUUUCAAAUCACUUUGGUUGACAGAAAAACAUUGGUUUCAAAAUGAAUUUGUGUAAGCAAACGUGUCAUUACGUUGAUUGACAAGCGGCCAAAACCGUUUGAACUAUUGGAACCCUCAGCUUAUUUUCAGGUGCAAAUCAACAUUAACAAAAGUGGAGACUAUUACAUCGAAUUCAAUCUUAUUUCCUAAUUUUAACGAUUAUUAAUUCGCACGAUACCAUCUGACUGGUCAUUUCCAGCUCCCAGGUCGUAUGCAUUGGCAAUACGCAUGUUAGUAUGCACUGGAACGUAACGUCAAUUAUCUAUUUCUACCAGAACGUCAAGGAUGAUAUUUUCACUCAGUUUUGUUGGGGGUUUCAAAUCCGCGGAGAGUUAAGAGAGUUAAAAGGCUUACGUUUUGAGCGUUAGCUCUUCUUCAGAGCGAUUCAAUCGCUCCGAGAAAUAGAUUCCAAUGCUCUGUUCAACUGCAUGUGAAAAGCCAUAAACGAUCCAAUUAUUUAUAAAUAGAUGAGGGUAAGUUUCUCUAGAAACCGUGGUGCUGCGUCGGUGAAAGAGUAUAACAGGGUAAUUUAUUGUUAUCAACUGAGUUGAAAACGUAAAUGUAACGUAAGAUUACAAAGCUCAGUGAGACGUAAAAAAGACAGAAAAAGCUGGCUUAGGAUCUGAAGUUAAUCUUAUUUUAUCGCGAGCCGGCAUCUUAGAGACGCCCAAAAGAUAUCAAUGAUUUUACAGUUUGCCCCUCUCAUAGAUCAAAUCUCGGUACCGGUACAGGUGUUGGGUGGAUUCGUGGUUCCAGUAGUAGAUGUAGAGUACCUAAAUGGUAAAGGUAGGGCUAAUUCGAUUCCAAAAGCCUAUUGGGGAGUUGGCAAGCAGUGUACCACAGAUAGUACGCAAGACGUCUGGAAAAUUUAUAUAACCUUGCUACUUACCACAUUGUAAAAAAUUAUGCGUCCCGUCAGACUUAGGCCUAGAUGGGAAUUGGUCAAUAGGCUACCAAAAAUCCAGACAGAGGCGGAGUUUUCUACACUGAUGUCUGAGGCACUCUGAGCUUCCCGCCGUCUGGCGGGACGCGUAAUUAAGCACACAGUGGUAAAGGGCCCUUCCUCAAUAGCUACAAGACGCUGACAAAACUUUUUUUCUCUUCACCGAAAAUCACAUCAAAAUUUGUCCUUGCUAAAUUUAAAGUGUGCUGCACGUAUCAGCAACCCCCAGGGAACCCCUAUACAUAAGAGGGCGAGGAUGCGCGCCGAGCAUUUAGAAAACGACCCCUAUAAAAUUAUAAAAGGUUCCUGAGUCUUAUGCGUGUGGGAGUGGCAACAACUGAUAUCUACCCCUGAAAAGUACCAAUUUAAACACAAAAAAAUAAAAAAAUGCCAAAAAUAAGAACUCC